GUUUUUAUAUUCAUACACACAUAGACGAAACUGGUUUUCCUUGUGUAUACACUGAAGAAGAUUUGAAAAGAAUCGAAAAUUUUAUACCACACCAUGUGUUUUUAAUGUUAUAUUUAAUAUAAUAAACAUUAAUAUAUAUUUAAAAUAUGCUAACAGGAUGAUAUCAUCAUCGUAACUCUAUAAAAGUGGCUGCAAAGUUGAUUGAUCAAAAUAUGGCAUGUCAGUUUGUCAGCGUGGUGUCGUUGAAAGGCUAAAUUUGAUGGCAUUAUGAUCAGAGAAAUGUAUACACUUGACAUAGCAAUUAAUGCAGUACAUCGACAAAACGCUACUCUUCACAUAAACAUGAUCAAGGAUAGCACCAGCUAGAUGAGUAGGUCCUGGUACAAUUUGUGUAUAAUCAUUCUUGAUAUCUGCUAAUUCUGGCUGGUCAACUUUGGCAUUUAUAUUGAAAUCUCCAAGUAUAACAUGCAUGUCAGAACUUGCAAUUUUCUUUGACAGCAUGUCGUAAAAUGUCUGCAGAUGACUGUUAACUUUUCUGUAAAUAACCAUGAAAUUAAGAACAUCAGAUGAAAAGGACGGUUUGCGAAGUUAAACAGAACUGACCCCAGGAUUAUCAUGAAUAUUAUGAACCAAUAUAUGCUUUCGAAAACACAAUGAACUGUUUCUGAAUUCAUUUGUCCAUGAGCUAAGAAGUAAUGUUCAUCACCCAAAAGAGCUGACGUACUACUCAGGAGACUUACAGCAAUUUGAAAACGAUCAAUAUUGAUAGAUGUUAGUAACUCAUAACAUGCCAUGGGUCUGUUGAAAUUUGACUGCUUAAAAUUAGCAUUGUCAUGUUCUAAGAUGUUAUCUAAAUCAAAUGAUAUUCAAACAGAAAUUCUUUUGAGUUGGGACAACAUAUAGCUAGAAGAGCAUUGCACAUACACUGAAUACCAGCAGUUUCACCAAACUUUUUGUCGCCUUGAUUAAAUGACCCAUUAACUGAUUUAAUAUGGUAAGCCGAACCUGGAUUAGAUUCAAUAUCCCCGCACAAAAAUAAUAGAAGUUUGUGCAAGAAAGAAGAUAUCGUAAAAAUAUGGCAGAAAAACAUUAUUAGCUAGUUACAUGAAAUAAAAUAAUACACUAAGCCAAUGGAAUGAUGAAUAAUAUUCAGCACGACGUACCUUGGUACCUAAAGCAGCUUCCCCAGGUAUUCUUGCGGUCGGCAUGACGUCACACCCGUGUGAUUUUAAAGCUACCAUUAUGGGUUAGGGAAAACAAACAACGCGGAACAGAGCAGAUUAGGGAAAGACAAGUAUGCCUCGAAGCUGUUGUGUUUAUUCCUGUACAAACAACUGUCAGAAUCACCCUGAAUUGAAAUUCUAUAUUAUUCCACAUGAUAAACUUAGAAGAAAAUCAUGGCUGAGGGCAAUAAAUAGGAGCGAUAUCAUAGAUAAGAAUAAGACGUGGUCACCCAAGUCCAGAUAUCAUUAUGUUUGUUCACAACAUUUUAUAUCAGGGCAAAAAAGCAACAAUGCAAACGACCCUGACUACAUUCCAUCGAUUUUCCCUCACAAGCAGAGACCAGCUAGCUUAUUUACUCCUAAACGAAAGUUAUCAGGAUUUGAUCAACAUCAAAGGAGGCAAAGAAAAUUGGCCUUGGAAGUGUCUACAGAAACAACGAAAUUAAAAUUAACAACACCUGAAAAUGAUACAAAUUCUCCAGAUGUUCAGGUGCCUACCCCAGCAAGCUCACCACCAUUAUCAUUGAUGUCUCCAAUUAACUUGACUGAAAGGGAAAGUAUUUACAAGGAAAUGGACAACUUAAGGAUGGAGAGAAAUAGUCUUCAGAUCAAAUUGAAUGCCUCUCUUUCAUCAAAUCAAAAUCCAUUUAGCAUGCAACAUCUCAUGCAACACACCGAAAAAAGUGUUAUGUUGACUGGUUUAACUUAUCCAGCUUUACUCGUUCUGAUCAAAUAUGUGACCCGUAUUUGCACAAGUGACAAACUUAAACCUACGAAAUUGUCGUUAGAAGAUCAAAUUUUGUUGACAUUAUUUAAGUUGAAACAUAAUAUGAGUUUUGACCUUCUUUCUCAUGUGUCUGGUAUUAGCAAAACAACUGCUAUAGAGUACUUUUGGAAAUGGUUGGACGUUAUGUAUAUCUGGCUGAAGUUUUUUGUUAAAAUGGGUGACAGAGAUAACAUAUUUAAAAUGAUUCCUCCGGUUUUUUUAAAAAAAAAUUCCUCGAUUGACAUCAAUAAUUGA